CGAAAUUCGGCCAUCGUCUUUUGUCAUCCCAUCCCUCGCUCAUCGAUGCCCCAUCACCUCCACCGCCACAGCCUGCCCUAGGCAUCACCGCUCGCAUCGUAGACGACGCCCACUCACCAUGCCACGCCCGCGCCGGCCGCCGGGUGCUGGCCUCACGCUUACGACGCUCCUCGCAAUCGUCAUCCUUGGACCGUCCAUCCUCGCAGUUGCUCAGCAGCAGCAACAGCCAGCCCGCAGUGUGCUUGCACACACCAUCCCCCCAAAUCACGGGAAAUCCACACACUCACAGGAGAGUGCGGGACAUGUCGCCAGACGUCGACCGAACUCCCCCGUGCUCGCCCAGGACGAGAGCGCCCUAGCAACACAUGUCUCCUCUGCUCCAGCGGUCUCCGCUGUCAGAGCCCCCUCUGCCAUCAACGCAGCCACAGAUGCCCUUGCACCGAGUGCGCGUUCCUUGCAGGACUGGGAAGUUGAGGACUUUGUUCUCUUGGCGACCGUCGAUGGCCGCAUCCACGCACGAGAUCGAUACACAGGAGAGGAGAUAUGGGAGCUGACCGGGCAGCCCAUGCUCGAGACCAUCUACAAUGCCUCCGGCGGUACCGGAAAGCUUCAAGACCAGCCUUUUGUCUGGAUCGUAGAACCUAAGGAAGAUGGAGCUCUCUAUUUCCUGACGCCCGGCCCCUACCCAGCACUCCACAGGCUCGGCAUGACUGUCAAACAACUCGCCAACUUGGCUCCAUACUCCAGCGAAGACCCUGCGCUUCCGGUAGUCUACAAUGUCGAGAAGUCUACGUUCAUGCUCGUCGUCGAGGCCGCAUCAGGCAAGAUCAAGAAGAGUUUCAGUCCGAGCGGAACGUAUUCAGUUGACGAUGAGAGUUGUGCACCUAAAGGCAGAGACUACUUUCACCCGCAAGAGCGCGAGUGCUCAGGAUCCAUCAAUCUGGGACAGACGCAAUACACGAUCAGCAUCCACAACAAGCAGACGAACGAGCAUAUCUGCACCAUCAAGUAUGCAGAGUGGGCGCCGAACAACCGCGACCGUGAUCUGCAGAUGCAGUACUCAGCUACUAUGGACAACCAAUACAUUUACAGCAGGUUCAAUGGAGAAGUAAUUGCCCUUGACCACAAUCGACUCGGAAAGUCUCGUGAUAGGCCUCUCUUUAGGCAGGAGCUACCUUAUCCUGUAGCACGAGUGUUCGAUGUUGCCCGGCCCACAAACGACGACUCACCGGAGCCUGCCCUGAUCCUACUUCCUCAGCCAGCUGGGAAGGCCCGGUUAGAAGAGAUGGCCAAGCAUGUAUGGUUGAACACAACUGAAACUGGAGCUUGGUACGCGUUAUCGGAGCAGAACUAUCCUGUUGUGACAGAUGGUGCCCCGAAGGCCUCCUGUUACAAGCCCAAGGACCUGCUCGACUGGGAUGGCCCUCACUCCCUCCCUGACCAGAAGAGCUUGGUAGGAGUGCACGAGCUGGAUCACAAGCUUGAGACUCCGUCAAGAUACUUAGCAAUUGCGGCCCCUACUGCCUAUCAUGCAGAAGAAGGUCAGCCCAUCUCUCGACCGCCAGAGACAUCACCUAUGGAGAGGCCAAUGAUCGAUCCUCCGCCUCGCGCUGAGACGAUGAUUGAGACACGAGCGGCCGCCGUCUACACCAUCCUGCUGUGCUUUCUGGUCAUGGCUGGUACCGUGUCAGUCAUGAAAUAUCCUCCACAGCUGGACGCGCUCAAGAGCUUCUUUGUCAAGUCGGCUGAGCCUCGUAAGGCUAAAGAGGCGCCUAUCUCGGUUUCUGCCUCUACUGUCUCAGAGCCAGAAAUCAGGGCAGACAGCCUGGUCGAGAUCAAGCCUAAAGUACAACCUGAAAUUCAAGCUGAAGCCAAGCCAGAAGUGAUGCCAGAAGCUGAGCCAGAGAGCAAGGCAGUGAAGGUGCUAGCUGCUGAAGAGCCUAUUGCUGAAGUUGUUACCCUAUCAGAGCCGGUCCAAGAGGUUGCAGUCGAGGUUCCCCUUACUCAAGAGGUCAAGGAGAAGAAGGUGGUGACUUUCGAUAUUCCAGAAGACGAAGAGGCAGACCUUGAGCCCCUUUCGAGGACCACCACUAUUGAACAAUCGUCUCCAAUGGAGGGUGACUCGGAUGAAGCCACACCGGUCCCAAGUGAAAAGGCUACUGCCACCAGCAACACCGAAGGCGCCACGCAGGGUUCCAGUGCCGCCCUUGCUACCCCGACAAAGAAGAAGAAGACGCACAGAGGAAAGCGAGGUGGGCGCAAGCUCAACAAGAAUCAGCAAAAGGAAGAGGACGAUAUCGACCGGAUCGUUGACGCUGCCAAACAACUCGAUCCUGCAACAACCCUACAUCCUGAUGAGGUCACCAUAAACGGCGAUGACAUGCAGGACGUCUCCAACAUGAAAAGGAUUGGAAAGCUUACCAUCGAUCAAGACAAGCUCCUAGGCAACGGUAGUGGCGGCACCUUCGUAUUCGAGGGGAAAUGGAACGAACGUGACGUUGCCAUCAAGCGAAUGCUUCCUCAAUAUUUUGGGCUGGCUGAGCAGGAAGUCAAACUCCUUCAAGAGAGUGAUCUACAUCCGAAUGUCAUUCGCUACUUCGACGACGAGAAGGACGAGAACUUCUUGUACAUCGCCGUCGAAAUGUGUCAAGCCAGUCUCUUCGACCUGUUCAGAGAUGGCAGGCCUGGCGAGGAUCUCACUGAUUCUCAGCGACGCCUGGUAAACGAGAUCAACAGGGAUGUACAACGCGCCCUGUACCAGCUCGCCAAUGGUCUCAAUCAUCUCCACAGUUUGAGAAUCAUCCACCGCGAUAUCAAGCCUCAGAACAUCCUGAUCGCGUACCCGCAACGAACCCAAAAUAAAGGACCACGUCUGGUGAUAUCUGACUUCGGACUCUGUAAGACAUUGCCAGACAACGUCAGCACCCUCAUUGGCACUACUGGCAAUGCGGGUACGGUUGGCUGGAAGGCCCCUGAAUUGAUUUCGCAGCCUAGGGAUGUAGACAGAGGCAGCUCAACUGGCUAUUCUCGCGACUCUUCUACCUCCACAGACCCUGUCGCGCAAGGUGUCAAGCGAGCUGUGGACAUAUUUUCCCUAGGCUGUGUGUUCUACUACGUACUCACCAACGGUUGUCAUCCCUUUGAUGAUGAAGAAGGCUGGAUGCAAAUGCGUGAGUACAACAUCAAGAAGGAGAAGGCAAAUCUUGAGGGGCUUCGCUUGGGCGACGACUCUGAGGAGCCUUACUGGCUCAUUCAGUGGAUGUUGAAGACACGCCCUGAGGAUCGUCCUACCGCUCUCCAGGUCAUGAACCAUCCAUUCUUCUGGUCGUCAGAGAAACGCCUGAACUUCCUUUGCGACUGUUCAGAUCACUGGGAACGUGAGCCACGAGACCCACCUUCCCCGCACCUGUCUAUCCUCGAAGACUGGGCCGAGGAGAUCCUGGACAAAAGGAUGAACUUCCUUGCGAAGCUUGAUACCGCCUUCAUCAACUCACUGGGCAAGCAGCGCAAGUACACCGGAGAUCGAAUACUGGAUCUUCUUCGUGCUCUAAGGAACAAGAAGAACCACUACGAGGACAUGGAUGAGAACGUGAAGGCUAAGGUCGGUCCUUUGCCUCAUGGAUACCUGAGGUACUGGACUACCAAGUUCCCCACGCUGCUCAUGUCAUGUUACGAGGCUGUUCAGCAGUGUCGACUCGAGAACGAGCCUAGGUUUAGGCCGUACUUUGAGGGGCAGACGAUGUAGUAAUCGUUGUAUUGGUGUGUAGCUCGGUGUUGAUAUAUUCUUUAUGUGAUGGGAAGUGUGAUUAGCGUGUAUAGCUUAGGUGUCAAAUACCAUUCCUACCCACUUG